AUGAUGGACUCUGUUCCUCCCAAACCGGCUGCUGAGCAGCCGGUUGUUGAAGAAGAAGUUAAGCUAGCAAGUGCUGGGUUUAAUAAGAAGAGGAAGAGGCAUGCUUUGUUUAGGAGAUAUGUUAAUAGUGUGAGGAAGAAGAGUAAAAAGGCUAGGAAGGAUUUUAAUUUGAGGACGACCGUUAGGAGCCCUAAGAAGUGUAAAUAUGAGAGAUCAAUACAUUAUGGAAGUGAGUCCGAAAGAAAAAUGACAUGAAAUGAUUCUAACCUUAGAAUGCCAUUCAUUUCAAAGACAGAUUUUGUGAAGAACUCUAAAUUAGAAAAAUAGAUGGGACAAAAAUUUUGCAAAUAAUUCAAAACAUCAUGUGCUUCAAAGCAGAUCAGGAUUAACUUAUAAUAAUAAAGGAUCGUUGCCUGAAAUCAUGGAUUAUGAUAGCAGAAUCUUUUCUAAAAAGAAAGGGUCUGUGAGUCAUAUAAGAUCAAGACGUGCUAAUCAAAUUGAUAAAAGCUUUAAACCUCUUACCUCCAGAGAAUAUCUUGAAAAAUUCAAGAAUCAGAGUUACGGAACUAUAUCUGAAUAUGGGCAAACUCCUAAUGAAAUAUUUGCAUCAUUCUUAAGGACCCGCUUCAUUGAUAGAACUAAAAGAAACAAAUCUUUAGCGGUUUCUAAGUCUAACGAUCUUGACAAGAUGAUUGCAAAAAUUAAAAAGAAAGAAAAGAAAUGGAACCAUCACUUUGCCCUCCCAAUCUCAAAUUAUAAUGAGAAAGUGUUCAUCAAGUAUAGGCUGAUGUUUGAUAAAAUCAAGAAGGUAAAACUUCCUGAGUAG